ACCGGUACGUCGGAUAAGAAUCAGGAGAAUUGCGUUCCAUAAAUAAUUGUUUUUAUUACAAACUCAGUGAGAGUUAACAAUCGCAAAAAAUGCCGCCGAAGAAAAUAAAGGAAAAUCUAACUUUUCUUGUGAAUGUGGGGACUGUACGUCAUGGCACACAAAGCAAUUCUCGGUUAUUAGAUAAAGCAAAGUAUAUCAUGAAACAUAUUAUUAAAAAGAAGAUUCUUCUACGCCCAAAGGAUGAAGUAGGAGUGAUGUUGAUGGGUUCAGGAUCGGAUAAUGUACAAAAGUUAUGCAAUAUGCAAGUUGGAAACUGGGAUUUAAUAGAAAGCAUUGAGAAAUUGGAAACCACAAAUCAGAGUUGUUCCUGGAUGGAGGCAAUUUAUCCUGCAGUCGAAUAUAUGAAACAGGAAUGUGUAGACAAUUCUGAAAGGAAAAUAAUCUUGCUGUCUGAUUUCAAUGAGGAUGAGGACAUUGUAAGUCAAUUCCAAGCAGAUGAUAUCGCAAGUACAUUAAGUUCAGAGAACGUUUUGCUUAUAGCAAUUGGAGAAAGAGCACUGAAUAAUACAGAUAAGGACUCUCAAACAGCUAGUGAAGUAUUACUUAUGGAUGUUCUGCAAGAGAUUGAUGGACAGUAUUAUACUUUUGAACACACUAUGUUUGAUGUACGUUUCUACAAACGGCCAUCGACUAAACCAAUGCCUUGGUCUUGUCUCAUGGAGUUAGGUGACUUUCACAUACCAAUUAUUGGGAUUUCUAAAAUGCCGACUGAAGCAAAAUUACCGCAAAUGGUAUCCAUGGCUAAGAUCGGUACAUCCGAUACGUCUGAUCAACAAAUUAAAAAAGCCGUACAAUGGACGGACAAUAAUCGGACUGUUCACACAAAAGACGAUACAAUCCGUGGUUACGUGUACGGUGGCAAAGCUAUUCCUGUUUCAAAUGAGGUUAAAGAGUUCAUGACUCCCAAAACUAGUGAGAGAUGUUAUAAGAUACACGGUUUUACUGCACGGGAAAAUGUUCCUAUGGAGUACUGGCUAUCAGAUGGCUCGUACAUUAUUGUACCUGCUAACGAGUCGGCAAGCGCGCCGUUUUAUAGCUUGAUGAGAGCUAUGGUUGAGAAGAAGGUAGUUGCUAUAGUGGAGAAGGUCUACAGGAAAAAUUUGGAGGCUAACAUGGUGGCAUUAUUUCCAAGCACCGAUGUACCGAAUGAACCUUGGUGUUUUAUUGAGAUCGGUCUGCCAUUCGAGCGAGAUUACGGUGCAAUAGCGCAGAGACCAUUGAAAUUUAUGAUGAAGCAACUGUCGAAGGAACAAAGUGAUGCUAUGGAUGACUUGUUAACGUCUUUAGAAUUGCCCGAUGCUGAUGAUGAUGCAACUGGCGAGAGUGAAAAAUAUUUGCCAGGCUACAUGCCGGAUCCUGGAGCGCAACAUAUGUGGGACAUGUUAUCAGCUCGUGCGCUUAAUCCGGACAAGCCAUUACCGCCUGUUGCCGAUGAUAUAAAAAAUCUGUUAGAGCAACCCGAGUUUGUGAGAGAGAAAUGCAAACCGGUGGCAGAAAGGAUCAAAGAUUUGUUCUCUUUGGAGAAAAAGAAACCUCUUAAAGCUAAGAAACGCGGACGGUCAAGAGAGGAAGAUAACACACAAUCUGACAAUAACGGCGACACGCUCACAACGCAAUCAGCCAAAGAAGAGGAGAAGAAUAUUGAUGAAGACGACGACGAUGAAUCGAACAAUAUGAAGAUAAAUGAUAUAUGCGAUUUUGAUUUUGAUAAAGUUAUGGAUGAUGCGUAAGACGUUGCUGGCAACGUCUAUUUUGGUGAUCGUGUAUUGUAGCUUUAUUUUUUGAAUAUUGCAUAUUUUUUAUCAUACAGUGUGAAAAAUAUAUGUUGAUAUAUUUUUUAUACACGAAUAGAAUUAACAGAGUGAUUAAUUAUGUUUGAAUAUUUUGCAAAAACUUUAUAUUUCAAUAAGAAUGCAAUGUAUCAAUAUUUCACUGAGAAAUGUAUAUUAUAUAA